GUCGGCUGUGGACCCCACCGGCCAGAGGCUGCUUCCCCUGGCCACCACGGGCGACGGGAACUGCCUGCUCCACGCCGCCUCCCUGGGUAUGUGGGGUUUCCACGACAGAGAUCUCAUGCUGCGCAAAUCCCUUUAUACCUUGAUGGAUAAAGGCGUGGAAAGGGAAGCCCUGAAGCGGAGGUGGCGUUGGCAGCAAACCCAGCAGAACAAGGAGUCCGGUCUCGUUUACACCGAAGAGGAGUGGCAGAAGGAGUGGAACGAGCUGAUCAAGCUGGCGUCCAGCGAGCCUCGCGUGCACUACGGCACCAACGGGGGCGGCUGCGGAGGCGUUGAAAGCUCUGAGGAGCCGGUGUACGAGAGCCUGGAGGAGUUUCACGUUUUCGUCCUCGCCCACGUGUUGAAGAGACCCAUCGUGGUGGUGGCAGACACGAUGCUGCGGGACUCGGGGGGAGAAGCCUUUGCCCCUAUUCCCUUUGGAGGGAUCUAUCUUCCCCUGGAAGUCCCAGCCAACAAAUGCCAUCGUUCUCCCUUGGUACUGGCUUACGACCAAGCCCAUUUUUCUGCCCUGGUAUCCAUGGAGCAGAAAGAGCCCACGAAAGAUCAAGCUGUGAUCCCCCUGACCGACUCCGAGCACAAGCUGCUCCCCGUGCACUUUGCCGUGGAUCCCGGGAAGGAGUGGCAGUGGGGAAAAGACGACAGUGACAACGUCAAGCUGGCCAGCGUGACGUUAUCACUGGAAGCAAAGCUGCACUUGCUGCACAGCUACAUGAAUGUUAAAUGGAUCACGUUGCCUUGUGACAUGCAG